UAAGACUUUCAUUUCUUCAUCUCAACAAGUAUGGCGGCGUACAGAAGGAAAUUGUUUGCUGUUGGAUUGAGGUUGUUCCUGACAUGAGCUUUGUCAUUCUGUUUUGUGUAGCUGGGCAGCUUCUUUGAUGAGCAGAAGCUCCUGUCAGAGCAGCCGCAGACUGGCUUUGCUGCCCACACUCCUCAGGAACAACUGGAUGACCUUGAGUGUCACGGGUGCUCUGUGUGCCGUUCCUUUCAUCCAGAAACCAGAAAAUCUGUCCCAUGAAGAUCUAGUGCGGAGGGCAUCAUCUCUGGUCAAAGACAGUGCUAAUACUUACCUCUCACAAACUACUUUAGCACUGCUUGAUUCUCUCUCAGGUUAUAUUAAGGCUAUAAACAGUCUUGUGUCAUUACACAAGCGCUAUGUGGGUUCCAUCAACAGAUUCACUUCUGUGGAGGAGGAUGCAAUCUGGCAGGUCAUUCUUAGGCAUCGUCAGGAGGUAACUGACAGGAGAAAGGAUUGCAAACAAUUUGAAUCCUGCUGGAUGACGGCCAUCAAUCUCUCAGAGCUAGCAGCAGAGGCAGCUUUCAAUGCAGGGGCUGACCAAGCUUCUGUGACAGCACAGAACAGUCUACAGCUCGCACAGUCCCAGGUGGAACAUGUUCGACAGCUGAUGCUGGAAGCUGAGAGACAACUCAAAGACUCUAAAGCUGAGGACCGUGAGAGGCUUCAAAAUGCUCUCAGCACUGCAAUGGAGGAUGAAGACAUCCCAGAUGCAUAUUUACGAGAGGACUAGUCAUAUCGAGACAUUUAGCACAGCUUUAAAGUAUCUUAAGCACUCUGAUACAACUACUGAAGCACAGAAUUGUAUUUAUGUUUGAUUAAUAGGGCAAAUGCUGUGAAAUGUGGGAGACUGUGGUGCAGCCAGGAGAAUUUAUAUAAAUUAAGCAUUAAAUACAAAACUAUGAGGGUAGGAAAAGGGACUUGGUAGAUAAAUACAUUCUAGAUCAGGGGCUUCACAUUUGCUUGUAAUUGUUAAAUGCAAUUACAAUGUAAUGAAAUAGAUUUAAAUUUUAAAACAGUUUUGGAUUUAAAAACAGCUGUUUCAUUAAUCAGAAUCUCCUUUUUUACUGUGUUGACUAUAUGUGAGUUAUAAUUAUAGACAGAUGCUACCUUUGUGAUUUCUUAUUAAUUUUUAAA